CAGACAGACGCAGACAUGGACGUGUACGACCCUCAGACUGGCUUCGUGGUGUUCGGUGGCUUCAUGCUGGUGUCGGCGCUGGGCAUCGCGCUGGUCUCCACGCUCUCCAUGAAGGAGACGUCCUACGAGGACGCGCUGGCCGAGCAGCGCCGCAAGAUGGCCCGUCUGCAGACCGCCGGUCGGCGCCCGCUGCCGCCGCCAACGCAUCAUCAGCCCGCGCCGACAAGAAGAGGAAGAAGAAGAAGAAGGAGGAGAAGGCGUCCAACGGGAAGGUGGCGGAAACCGCCGUGGCGGCUGAGCAGGUCGCCGAGGAAGUGGCCGAACCCGAACCGGAGCCUGAACCUGUGCCGGAGCCUGCCGUUGUCGUGGAAACCGUCGUUUGCGAGCCUGUCGUCGAGGACGCGCCCGAGCAAGAGGCUCAAGAACCUGAACCGGCACCCGAGGAGGCCGCCCCGGAACCUAUCGUCGAGCCUGCCCCUGUUGCCGUGGAGACGCCCGAUGUCCCCUCUCCGUCAUCCUCGGGCAAGAAGAAGAAGAAGGUGGCCAAGGUGGAGCCCGCCGUCGCCAAGCCCCAAGAGAACGUUGCUGCCGUGGCGCCCACCGUCGUGGAGGUUGCCGUGGAGACGGCGCCUGCCCCGCCUGCGGUCGCUGCUGUUGCCCCAGUCAAAGCUGAAGAGCCCAAAGCAGAAGCUCCCCCUGCUGCUGCUCCCAGCAAGAGAAGCAGAAGGAAGAAGGCAGAGCCAGUUGCUCCGGUGGAGGCGACCCCUGUUGCCCCGGUAACCUCUGUGACCCCUGAGGUGGCUCCCGUGCAGUCGGCGCUCCCCACUCUGCUCACGGCCCUCAGCACCCUGACCGAGGCCGAGACCCAAAAGGUCCUGGAGGCGCUCGGAGACAAGACCGGACACAACUCCUGG